UACAAAACGCACGGGGGGGGGGGUGUAUUUUCAGUCGACCAGGCACCUCCCGUGGCCUUGCUCACGGUGAUGAAGUGCCAUCAGCCCGGCGACUGACCGAUGACAAGUGCGAAUGCCGGAGAAGCAUGUUGAUUUCGGCAUACGGCGAGGUGAGAUCCACCGAGGACGAGAUCGAUGUCGGGGGUGGAGGCAUCCCUUGGGCCUGGUGCGCCCCGUGAGGCUGGUGUCGGUGAGGCUGGUGCCGGUGAGGCUGGUACGCCUGCGGAGGUGGCACAUAACCCGGCUGCGGAGUCAGGUCUCCGGCCCCAUCUCCCGGCGCUGGCCUGGAGAAGAUGAUCGAUCGAGGCCCGGAGGGACUGGCGAUGUGCCCAACAGCCGGCCCGGGAUCGUGCUGCUGUCCGGGUGCCGGCAUUCCAUAGUAGUGAUGGCAGGGAGAGGAGGCGCCGGAGGAGGAGGCGGAGUGAUGCUGCUGGUGCGGCUGGUGCGGGGAAGACAUGGGCUGCUGGAAUGACUGGUGGGGAGGCUGGCGGGCAGACUCAUGCGGUUGGUGGGCAUGAUGAUGAUGUUGAUGAUGUUGAUGUUGAUGUUGAUGUUGUUGUUGUUGCUGCUGCUGAUGAUGAUGGUGGGGGGGGAUUUCCAGGCGGGGCCGCUGAGCCGGAUGGCAUGCGCCAGCCGCAAUGUAGGGUAUCCCCGCCCCCUGGCUGUCGGCCAUCGGGUCGGUGACCUGCUCAUCCUCGGACCGGGGACGCUUGCGAGACGCGCCGGCAUCCGGCAGGGCGGGCCCCGACCCCCCGGGCCCGGACGCCACAUGCGAGGCGAAGGGCGCCGAAGGCAGCGGCGAGCCCACGGCGAGGGCGGGGCCAAUCGGCGCGAAGCCCCGAGGGAAGAAGUCAAGCGCGGUCGGGAAACGAUCAAGGCCCCCCGGACUAUGGUGGGGGUGGUGGGGAUUGUGUAGAAGAGGAGCGAGCACCGGCGAGUAGGAGGUGCGAUCCAUGGCGGCCUCAAAGCCGACGCAAGGCGGCAGGCAGGCAGGCAGGCAG